AUGGCAGACAGCUACGGCGAGAGCAGUCUUUGCACAACUCCAGCAUGUAUUCACAUUGCAUCAGAAAUUCUAGGGAGUCUCGCCCUCAACUAUACCGAAAUUGAUCCCUGCACAGAUUUCGACCAGUAUGUCUGCGGCAACUGGGCCGCCCGAAAUGAAAUUCCUGCAGGCCAGACACGAACAAACGGCAUCUCGGUCACGCGCGACUUUGUCCUCAGCGCCGUGAAACGGAUCCUCGAGAGUCCAUACCCCACGGGCAAAGACGCCGGCUGGAUCACGGUCAACCUGACCAAGGAGCAGUCCCGGGCCGACAAGGAGAACUUUGCCAAGAUCCAGGACGCUUAUAAUGUCUGCAUGAACUACACUGCCAUCGAGGAGGAGGACCUCAGCGUCUUAUCUGCGUUUGUCGAGACUGUCGUGGAUGUGUUUCCUGCUACUGAAGAGUCUGGCAAGAACGAGACUCAUGAUUACUCCAAGGAGUUGGGUGAGACUUUUGUCUUGUUUGAGAGUCUGGGCAUCGAGACGACUCAGAGGUUCGUGCACAAGCAGAAUGAGAUCGAUCCAGACGAGGUUCUCCUCGUCAUUAAUCCUCCAAGCACCGUGGAUAUCCCCGACACAGAGGAGGGGAUUCUCGAGUAUCUUGACCUCGCUGCCGCCCUCCUUGCCGCUGUGCAUCCGGCCAAGCCUACCGUCAAAGAGGCUUAUGCUCUCAUGACUUCGGUGGUCAAGUUACAGCUCAAGAUGCUGAGGGUGUUCUCUCGUGCAAGCGAGGAUGACAACCCCGAUGAGUUGAGCCCGCUAUUUCGCAUCGAGGACAUCCAGAAGCUCGCUCCCCAGCUGAACUACGAGUACGUGGUUAAGGAGCUUGCACCCAAGGGCUACAGGGCGGACAAGGUGGCCUUUUCGACUCAGGGCUAUUACAAAGAGCUGUCAGAGGUCAUCUCUGAGACCCCUGCCGAGGUCAUUCAAACCUUCUUCAUCUGGAAAGCCAUCACGGCUUUGUCUCCUUACGUCGAGACAGAGCUGACAAACGCCUGGAACGCCUUCUUCCAGAAGCAACUCGGAAAUGAUCCCGAAAGCCCUGCACCUCGCUGGCAACGGUGCAUCGACUUCCUCGACUCUGGAGUUGAAUGGAUCACCACCAACCCGGCGGCCGAGAGUCUGGUUGGUCCUACCGGCUUGACUUGGAUCCUCUCCCGCUUCUUCGUCGACAAGUACUACCCCCCUGAGGCUCACAACCUGACUUCUCAGCUCGUCGACUCUCUGGAGUUGGCCUUCCUAGAGCGUCUCGAGACGAGAGACUGGCCAACUGACGAGACCAAGAAGGCUUCUGCUGAGAAGCUGCAUGCUAUGACGAACAAGAUUGGCUUGCCUACAGACCCGAAUGCGGUCGAUCCUGUUGCUAUCAACAAGUACUACGAUGGUGCUGAAGUCACGUCGUCGUACGUUGCCAACGCUCUGAGCUUCGCCAAGGUCAACAUCGCCAAGAACUGGGAAUCCCUCGGAAAGCCUUUUGACCGUGGUCAGUUUGAGAUGAGUACUCUGGCUGCCAACGCCUACCAGGACUUUCAACUCAACGCCAUCGUUCUCCUUGCUGGUUUCCAGCAGUUCCCCGUGUACGACGUCGACUUUCCCUCGUAUCUCCUAUACGGAGGUAUGGGCAGCGUCGUGGGCCAUGAAAUCACCCACGGCUUUGACAACACGGGCCGUCUCUUUGAUGCUACGGGUAACAUGACGACAUGGUGGGACAAGGAGUCUAUCGCUGCGUUUGAAAACAAGACCGAAUGCUUUAUCGAGCAGUAUAACAAGUUCACUAUCACUGCGCCCAACGGCACACAGCUCCACGUCGACGGCGAGUUGACACUUGGCGAGAACAUUGCCGAUGCCGGCGGUGUAGUGUCAAGCUUUCUAGCGUGGCAGAAGUGGGAGAAGGAGAAGGGACCUGCCAAGAGACUCCCUGGUCUGGAUGACUUUACGGGCGCGCAGUUGUUCUUUGUCAAAUGGGGGCAGACGUUUUGCAAGAAUAUCCCAGCAGAGGACCAGGUCAGGUUGUUGUCUGAGGAUGUGCACAGUCCCAACGAUGCGAGGAUCAUGUUGACGCUGCAGAACUCAGCUGGGUUCCUCAAAGCGUUUGAUUGUCCUCAGAAGAAACCUACAUGUGAGCUUUGGUAA